UUGGCAAUAUUUUCAAAUUUUUAUCAUUUGUUUGUUUCAUUUUGAUAGAAAUAUGAAUUUGAUGAAGAGUGAACCAGACCAUCGCUUGAUGAUUAAAACAUUUCAAGAGGACUUUAUGCCUCAUGAAAAACUUUUAAUGAUUCCUGGUCCAACAAAUUUAAAUCCAAAUGUUUUACAAUCAUUAUCCAAACCAUUAUUAUCACAUACUGAUCCACAAUUUUAUGAGCUAUUAGAUCAAAUUCAAAAUGGUAUACGAUAUUUGUUUCAAACAAAUAAUCCAUAUACAUUUGCAAUUACUGGAUCAGCAACAAUUGCAAUGGAAACAGCCAUAUGUAAUCUGUUGCUACCAGGACAAACAUUAUUGUCCUUAGUACAUGGAUAUUGGGGUAAUCGUGUUGCAACGAUGGGAAGUAGGCUCGGCUACAAUACAAAUAUUAUUCAAAAUAAUAAAUUUGGUGAAAAUUUUACCUUGAUACAAAUUGAAAAUGCAUUGCGAAAAUAUCGACCAAGCGUAAUGUAUGUAUGCCACGGUGAUUCAAGUCUUGGUUGUGUACAAAAUUUGAACGGCAUCGGAAAACUUUGUCAUCGAUAUAAUUGUUUAUUGAUUGUUGAUGCUGUUGUAUCACUAUGUACAACACAGUUAGAAAUGGAUAACAUGGAAAUUGAUGUUUUAUUUUCUGGCUGUCAAAAAGCUUUAUCCGGUCCACCAGGCAUAUCAUUAAUAAGUUUCAGUGAUAAAGCCGUUCAAAUAAUUAAAUCUCGUUCAAAUAUGUGUCCUAUAUCUUCUUUUUAUAUGGACAUUAAUUUGGUAGCUAAAGCAUGGGGUUUGGAUAACAAUAAUGUCCAUACAUAUCAUUACACACCGGCCAUCAAUUUAUUAUAUGGAAUACAUACCGCAAUCCGUGAAAUAAUCAAUGAAGAUUUGUCAAAAGUAAUUGAACGUCAUCAGAAGGCAAAACAUUAUCUUGAAAAACAAAUCCAAAAUAUUGGACUGAAACUUCUUAUUCAAGAAUCCGAAAAUCGAUUAGCAGGUAUUACAUCAGUUUUAAUACCAGAUGAUAUUGAUGGAAAUAUGUUAAUACAAUUCAUGUACACAAAACAUGAUAUACUAAUCGGAGGAUCAUUGUUAGCUUCCGAUCCAAAUGUACCGAAAUUUUGGCGUAUCGGUUAUUUAGGCGUUAACGCAGAUCGAAAAAAAAUCAAUCAAACCAUUGAAAGCCUUCAAGAUGCUUUACAACAACAACGUAACAAAUUUAAAGCACAUCUUUAAUUCAAUUUAUUAUUGUAAAUUGAUAAUCGAUUGAAUUUGU